CUCUCUCCACCCCAUAUGAUGGAAACACUCUUAUCAGACCACAUAUAGAGAUGGGGCUUAAAAAAAGAAAAAGCAAUCUGACAGGCUACCUGAUUACCUUGAUGGGCUUAAGGUCUUACGUAUGGGCCUUAUUCUAUUAACGUGACCAUCUGUUGCAUGCAAAGGGUUUGGACCGGAGAGAAGGGGAACUCCAAUCCUCUUUAUGCACUCACCUUUUCAGUGUGAGUGGUGAGUCGCAGUGUUGCUGAGAUACCUGGAUCUGAAGACACUCACCUGAGAUUGGACAUGUCGGUGGAAGCACAGCCAAGACAAUGGAGGAAAUGGACAUGACUACCUGAAAAUACCUUGUCUGCAAAGAAAAGGCUGCCAGUGGAGAUUAGAUGAAAACUAUAGGAACUUGCGCUAUCAGCUAAAAUGGGUUGCUCUCCAUCGAAGGGUAAACUUUUCACUGGGGCUUUCAGCCCCAAACAAAAGGCUCUACCGGCACCACCUGAAAAUGCUAAUGAAAGUGCCACUAUCACUGAGAUCAGUAAUCAGUGUGUAAUGGACAAAUCUGCUGCUGAUUGUGGUUCUGGAAAAGAUGAGCAGGAGGAGCCUAUUGUCUCUCAAGAGAAAAGAUCUUCUCUAGCUGAGGUGGUCUUUGAUACCACUUCAGUGAUUGAAGAUGGCAUACAGAAAAUAGAUGUAAAUAUAGUGGCCCAAGAGGAGUUAUCACUGGUGGAAGAACAGCCUCAAGGUAAGCCACCACGAGAGAAAGGUGAGAGAAGAAAGAAAUCCAAGGGAGGAAAGAAAGUAAGGCCAAAGGAUAAGAUUAAAAAGAACUCCCUCAUCCAGGCAAAAAUCGAGCUUCCUGAAGACAUGGUGAAAGCCCACCAGGCAGCCUAUGCUUACCUGAACCCCAAUAUCUCCAAAUACGAGACCUUGCUGGGACUCCUGGACCAAGCAGCCCAAACUCAACACUCCCUUCAGUCAAUGGUGACCAUGGUGGCAAUGCGGUACGAUGAGAUCAACCAAACUUUAGAAGAGAUGGCCAAGGAGGGCGAGAGAAUGCUCAAGGAGCAUGGAGACCACAUGGCUUGGCCCGCGGCCCUGAUGAACACCCCGCUGGUCCCUGCUGUGAAGCCAAGCGUGGAGGACCAGGGCUGCCCUGGGCCGCCACCCCCCGACCUUCUUCAACAGCUACUCCAGCACUCCACCGAGAAGAUGCGUCAGGUGGGGGAGUCUGUAACGGGCCUGGGCGACUCUGCCCUUGAGGAGGCCACAGAGUAUUUUGCCUCACUCUCUGGGCUUUUAGGGGAGAAGUUGAUGGCAAAAAGGGCUGCUGAGUGUCGCCUGAAGCAGGUACUGACCUGCGUUGAGGCAGCUGCUGUGCGCAAGCUUGGUUUGGAAGAUUCCGCCUUGCACAGUGAGGACAGUGGUAUUGGUGGGGAGAAUGAGAGCCUCCCAGGGUCAGAACGGCACCGCAAGCACAGAGAGAGCUGUGCAUCAUCCACUGUAGCACACGGCAUACUUCUACCACAUGGUGAAGAUGAGGAAGAAGAUGAGGAGGAGGAGGAUGAUGACGAAGAUGAUGAUGAAGACGUAGAAGAUGAGGAGACGGCGAAAGAGCAUACAGAUACAGUUGAAAGAACAGAUAGGAGGUCCUCUAACUCCUCUUUACUAGCUCACAAUCAAAAGGCCAACCUCAAUGCACCCAAACAAAAUCCCACCAAAGAACAAAAGCAGACAACACGCCCCAAAACAGCUGACAAUACCAAACCAAGACAUAGGCGUGGUCAGUUGAGAGGCCCACGUCGUUCCUGCUCUUUGGACAACCUAUACCAGAACUCUUCUUUAGCUGAACCAAAUGUGAAUCAGAAAGGUUUCAUCCAGAGGCAGGAGAGGAUUGGAAGAGGUAUGGAGGGUGUGCGAGGGGCUGCUGGAGUGAGCUCAUUAAAGGCAAAGUUGAGAAGACACUCAUCAGGGGGACAGAGUAUUGAGAGAGGCCCCAUCAGGGCCGGUGGCCCAUCCACAGCACUCCCUAUGUUGGCCCCAGUACCUCCAGGUCGCAAUGCAGUCAAGAGACUAAUCACAACUUUCAGUCAUGGAGUGAAUGACAAACCAUCUGUCCCUCCCCAUGUGAAAAUAAACAGGAAAUGCCAUUUCCCAAUGAUCUCCAACGCACAGACAAGUUUUGAUGGUCCCAGCAACAAAAACAAUGGGGUACACCAUAGACACCCUGACAGGCAUGAUGAUUUAGAUGUAGACAGCCUUCCUCCACCUCCCCCAGAGGUACUGAUGGACAACUCCUUUGAGGUCACAAAAGGCCUUCUAGGUCAAACAGCGAGCCAGAAAACCAGUGUGUCCCAAAAACUGAGGGCAUCUGUACAGUCCAUGACUGUGUUGCCAAAUCGGGGAAGCAUCCAUCAAGGCUCCCUAAGCCUGUCUCCAGCCUGUCUCAAUAAAACAGAUGCUGUGGAGGAUCAGCUAGAGGAUCCAGAUGAGGAGGCUGAGACACUUUACCGCCAGGCCCGAAAGAUCAUCCACUUACGUGACGCCGCAUGCUCUCCAGCUAACAGAUGCAAGGAUGGCAUGUGGAGUACGUCUGGUGCUCCAGCUGGGCUUGGGUCAAGACAAGGAAGCAGUGACUAUGGGGGUGAUGGUGAUACUUUAAGCCCACAGCUCAACACCUGCCCACCAACAACACCUCCUGUGUCAAGGACCCGGUUGCCACCAUCUUGCCCCUCGGUGUGUCGCACUUUCCCUGCGCACUCAUCCUGCCCCUCUGAGGGUCAGUGGCGGGCACCAUCACCCCCUGCCUCAAACACUCCGAGGUGGACAAGGGGGAACAGCAACAGUGAUGAAAACUUCCCUGUCUUGACUGCUGUGGCAUUUGCAAGUGCUCGCUCCGUCUUCUGUCAAGACCAGACAACCAGGACACCAUCCUGCACUUCCACCCUGCCUCGACCCUGGGGAGAGACCUCACGUGGGAGACUACCCAUCAACCACGGUGGCCUGCAGGGCUUCGCCCGACGCAGCUCCUCAGAACAGAGAGCACCCAGCUCCCGUCAGACUGAGCAGACCCCAACUUCCGAGGACCCAGCUGAAUCCAGUGCCACCAAAGAAGAAUAGGUUGGAAGCUAACUGAUUGACAGGAGCAGUGCUGGGAGAUGUCCAAUGAGAUUUUUGCAUGGUGGUUCCCUAAGUGUACCUGGAGCAAUGGUAACCAAGGUUUACGAAGCACUGUAGAUGAUGAAGAGGUGGAGCUAGUGCACAUUAUGGAUUAAGGGGUUUUCGGAUUAAGACUCUUGCUCUUCUCGAACAACUUCAUAGGAUCUGACACUGUGUAUGCCAGUGUGUUGUGUAACAUUUCCCCAUAUAUCACCAUCUUUAUUUAGAAAUGUUUACUCAGAAUUGUGUCUUUGUUUGCUGUUGUUAGACGUUGACUUUUGUGUCUUAUUUGGGAUGUUUGUAUCCAAUAUUUUUUUUAAUGUUUUAUAACUCAUUGUAGUUGUAAAACCCAGACAAAAAAUGCCAAAUAUGUUUAUCAAUAAUACAACUUAAUAGUGUAAACAUUUCAUAUGAAACAUAUUUAUCAAGUGUGAAGAGAACAACCACAGUCUCCACAAGAGAUUUAACAACUAUCUAGUAUUCAAGCGAACACUAUUAUGUUCAUUCUGUCUGAGAAAAGAAGAAAAAAAUAAUAAUGAAAAAUAUAAUCUAUAAAAGUUCAACAAAACAGUGCAUCAUUCUGAGAAUUUCAUAAUUAAUUUUGCUUGUAUUUGUACCAUUUGGUUUUGGCAUGUCAUGACCAUUUUUCAUUUCUAGUCUUCAUGUUGGUGUUUGCUUUGAGUUUGUUUUAUACACGUUCUCAAUAAUAAUUUAUCCUAAUCAGAACAGGUUUCCUUGACUAUUUAUUUUGUACCAUUUGGUUUUGGCAUGUCAUGACCAUUUUUCAUUUCUAGUCUUCAUGUUGGUGUUUGCUUUGAGUUUGUUUUAUACACGUUCUCAAUAAUAAUUUAUCCUAAUCAGAA